CAGUCAUCUCAUACUGACUCACUCCAAGGUGUCCUGACACAGCUAGUAAAAAGGUUGCACAGUGAGCAUGAACCUGAGCCUCCCUGACCAGAACAUGCACAACCCCAGUGACGGUGGUCUGGAGGAUAACAGGGCUGGGCUCAUGAUCCCCUGCUUCCGUAGAAACAUGUACGAUGAGCCUCUAAUUUCAUACUCCAAUGGAUCCAUCAUCUCUCACCUCCUGCGCAAAACCAUCCACAACAAGAAGGCUCUGGACGAAAGCCAUUUCUACCUACCCACAUCGACUGUGUCCAGCUCCACAAUGGCUGACUCCAGUCAGGAGGACCAGAGCAGUGUCUCGUCCAAGGACAGUGCGGCAGAGUCUGCAGCCCCAGGCAGGCACCUCUCGACCAGGGUCAGCCCUGAGGAGGACAGGCCCCUGAGUGAUCACCUCCAGGCCAAGCGUGCCCGUGUGGAGAACAUCAUCCGAGGCAUGGCGGGGUCUCCCAACAGUAGGCUCCAUGGGGACAGUGAAAGGGCUGAGUCAGACACCAGGGAUGCUAGAGAGGCCUACAGUGAGAACAAACGUAAACAGAUGCUCCCCCAGCAUCAGGAGCACAGUCUCAAUGCGGCAGCUCCAGCUAACAGAGGCAGCAGUAGCAUCAGCAGCAGUAAGGAUGAAGAGUGCCACAAGCUGAAGGUGCAGCUCCAGAGCAUGCAGAGAAUCCUGAGACAGCUCCAGGAUAAGUUCUUACAGGUUUACAACCAGGAAGACGUUGUGCACGAAGACAGAGAUGACACAGGCACAGCCAGCCCUGCUGAAAAUGAUGACACCACACCAAGCAAAGAGUCUGGGCUCAUGUUCCGUAUAAACAUGGAUGAGGAGUUAGAGAGGAAGCAUGACAGUGGUAAAGGGGGCUGUAAGGACAGAGUGAAGACAGACAGAAGUAAUCUGACACAUCAAAGGGGAGGCAAAAACCUACAGGAGACUCUGAAGCAUGAGCUCUCCAAAGCGGUGAGUGACAGUGUAGAUAGGGUGUUCAAGAAACUCUCCUCCACGGGGCUCAACCAGUCAUCUCAUCAGCGUAUGUGUCACACUCUGGAGCACGUCAUUAUGGGAGCUGAGAGGAAGAGCCAGGUACCCUGUAACCAGGAGCAAUCACACACUGAGGAGCCAGUCAAACCAAAGGCUCUAGAGUACUAUGAGAGAAGUGAGGCUUGCAGUCCUGAGGAUCAGACCGAAGCUCUGUCUCUAGUGGUCCGUAAGCCGCCCCUGAGCCAGCUUAGCUCUGUUACCCCGACGGUGAAGAGGCCCUAUCCCUUACACCAGUCUCCAUUCCAGUUCAACUACAGCACACCUCUCCAUGACAGUCAAAUGCUGGAACACCUCCUCAAAUACGGACCCAACACUAACUUCGGAGGUCUCCCAUGCAUGCCCCCAUCCAUGGACAGAACCUCACCAAACUCGGUGGACCUACCCUGGGAUGCCAUCGUCAUGAGGUCCAAAGUCACAUCCAGCCACCUGGCCCACCACCGUCACCCAUCAGGCCUGGGUCCAGUGACUGUGGACAGUCUGUGUCACCCUCAUGUCAAGAUGGAGUGUGGGGACCUGCAGAGCAUAGCAGAGAGAAACUCCUACAUGUCUCUCAACAUCCAGCAAGGCCUAACCCCCAACCAUCUGAAGAAAGCUAAGCUGAUGUUCUUCUACACCCGUUACCCCAGCUCCAACGUGCUGAAAACCUUCUUUCCAGAUGUCAAGUUCAAUCGCUGCAUCACCUCUCAGCUCAUCAAAUGGUUCAGUAACUUCCGGGAGUUUUACUACAUCCAGAUGGAGAAGUUUGCCCGCCAGGCCAUAGUGGACGGCGUCACGGACGUGAAAGACAUGUCCAUCAGCAGAGACUCUGAGCUGUUCAGAGCCCUCAACAUGCACUACAACAAAGCCAAUGACUUCCAGGUUCCUGAGAGAUUCCUUGAGGUUUCUGAAAUUACUCUUCAGGAGUUUUUCAAUGCCAUUUCAACUGCUAAAGAUUCUGACCCCUCUUGGAAGAAGGCAAUCUACAAGGUCAUCUGUAAGCUGGACAGUGAUGUCCCAGAUGAGUUCAAAUCAUCCACCUGCCUAUAGACAGAGCAAGCAAAAGCCAUGCUCAAGGAAGGAAGGACAUUUUAAAGUCAUGCAAUGACAAUAAAUUCAGAUUUGAACCCGUUGCCAAUGAAUUGGAUUUUAGUGAGGAAAUUCUGGAAGAAAACAUGUUGUAAAUGACGGAUUUUACACUGCAGGAACCUACUUAUGGCACGCUAUUUACCGUCUCAGUAAACACAUUAUCACACUGCUUCAGCUCUCGCCUAUGAGUUUUUUGGUAACACAUACUUGACACCAAGGUCAUAACCAUGUCAUAAUAUCUCAUAACAGCUGAUUAUGACACCUACAUAAGAGGGUCACAACCCACAUUUAUUCAAAAUAUUUUUUCCCUGACAAGAGGUUUCCUUUCAUUUGAAAGUUUGUUUCUUCAAUAUUUUGUUGUUGUUAUGAAUCCUUUAGUCAUGUUUUUUUUCAUCAUACUUUAAAUAACUUGUAGAAAAUACACUUUAUGACACUGUCAUGAAGCAUUAUGACCAUCCUUUGUCACUUUACUUGGACUAAGAAAAUACACUUUAUGACACUGUCAAGAAGCAUUAUGACCAUCAUAAUCAUAUAAGGCAGAUAGGCCUAUCACGUACAUGCCCUUAUAUCAGUCAUCAGUCAUCUGCUCCUGAAAUCUGCUCCUGCAUUCAUCCCAGUCAUCAUCAACAAAGCAUUGGGGUAGGUGCAUGUCUGACAUCAAUGUUUGUGCAAUUACAAUGAUAAUUCAAUAUGUUAAAUUUAUUAAGAAAUAUAUGCACUGCUCAAAAAAAUAAAGGGAACACUAAAAUAACACAUCCUAGAUCUGAAUGAAUGAAAUAUUCUUCUUAAAUACUUUUUUCUUUACAUAGUUGAAUGUGCUGACAACAAAAUCACACAAAAAUGAUCAAUGGAAAUCAAAUUUAUCAACCCAUGGAGGUCUGGAUUUGGAGUCACACUCAAACUUAAAGUAGAAAACCACACUACAGGCUGAUCCAACUUUGAUGUAAUGUCCUGAAAACAAGUCAAAAUGAGGCUCAGUAGUGUGUGUGGCCUCCACGUGCCUGUAUGACCUCCCUACAACGCCUGGGCAUGCUCAUGAUGAGGUGGCGGAUGGUCUCCUGAGGGAUCUCCUCCCAGACCUGGACUAAAGCAUCCGCCAACUCCUGGACAGUCUGUGGUGCAACGUGGCGUUGAUGGAUGGAGCGAGACAUGAUGUCCCAGAUGUGCUCAAUUGGAUUCAGGUCUGGGGAACGGGCGGGCCAGUCCAUAGCAUCAAUGCCUUCCUCUUGCAGGAACUGCUGACACACUCCAGCCACAUGAGGUCUAGCAUUGUCUUGCAUUAGGAGGAACCCAGGGCCAACCGCACCUGCAUAUGGUCUCACAAGGGGUCUGAGGAUCUCAUCUCGGUACCGAAUGGCAGUCAGGCUACCUCUGGCGAGCACAUGGAGGGCUGUGCGGCCCCCCAAAGAAAUGCCACCCCACACCAUGACUGACCCACCGCCAAACCGGUCAUGCUGGAGGAUGUUGCAGGCAGCAGAACGUUCUCCACAGCGUCUCCAGACUCUGUCAUGUCUGUCACACGUGCUCAGUGUGAACUUGCUUUCAUCUGUGAAGAGCACAGGGCGCCAGUGGCGAAUUUUCCAAUCUUGGUGUUCUCUGGCAAAUGCCAAACGUCCUGCACGGUGUUGGGCUGUAAGCACAACCCCCACCUGUGGACGUCGGGCCCUCAUACCACCCUCAUGGAGUCUGUUCCUGACCGUUUGAGCAGACACAUGCACAUUUGUGGCCUGCUGGAGGUCAUUUUGCAGGGCUCUGGCAGUGCUCCUCCUGCUCCUCCUUGCACAAAAGCGGAGGUAGCGGUCCUGCUGCUGGGUUGUUACCCUCCUACGGCCUCCUCCACGUCUCCUGAUGUACUGGCCUGUCUCCUGGUAGCGCCUCCAUGCUCUGGACACUACGCUGACAGACACAGCAAACCUUUUGCCACAGCUCGCAUUGAUGUGCCAUCCUGGAUGAACUGCACUACCUGAGCCACUUGUGUGGGUUGUAGACUCCGUCUCAUGCUACCACUAGAGUGAAAGCACCGCCAGCAUUCAAAAGUAACCAAAACAUCAGCCAGGAAGCAUAGGAACUGAGAAGUGGUCUGUGGUCACCACCUGCAGAACCACUCCUUUAUUGGGGGUGUCUUGCUAAUUGCCUAUAAUUUCCACCUUUUGUCUAUUCCAUUUGCACAACAGCAUGUGAAAUGUAUUGUCAAUCAGUGUUGCUUCCUAAGUGGACAGUUUGAUUUCACAGAAGUGUGAUUGACUUGGAGUUACAUUGUGUUAUUUAAGUGUUCCCUUUAUUUUUUUGGAGCAGUGUAUAUAUAUAUAACAAAAACAUACUGUUGACACAUAGGCUAUGGUGUUAUGGAAUUUUUUACCUUGUGUAGUAGGUUUUGUGGGUUUUGACACUAUUAUGUAGGUGUCAUAACCAGCCAUAAAAUAACGCAAUAUGUGUCACAACAGGUUGAAAUAUAUGUGUCAUGACAGUGUUAUGACCAUAUUAUAACAGGUUAUGACAAGUUAUGUCAGCUGUUAUGACAUAUUAUGACAUGGUUAUGACCGUGGGUUCAAGUAAAGUGUUACUGAGUUUUUUUUAAAGACUUAGCUGAGAGAAGAUAGUAUUACUGUGUCGUUGUGUUUCCAUGUGGAUUCAAUUAAUACAAUAUGUAGUUGCAUGUUUGUAGAUUUACUGAUAUUUAAAGGCAGUGUUUCAGUACUAUAGUGUACUUGCUAGGUCUGGUAGACUUACCAGUGUUAAGAAAUUUAUACUUUUUAUACAUAUUUUACGUAUGCUUCCUCAAUGGACAUGGGAUUUAAUUGUCUCUAUAGGUGAGAGAAAGAUUGAUUCGUAUCAAGUGUUUUAUGUAAAUGUAAAUACGCUACAAUUACGUUUGGAUACUCUAAAGGGUUUAAGACCAAAUAAAUAACCUAAUAACAUGUCAAUAUUGCAAAUGACCAGAAACUUACAUGUACAAAAAAAAGCUGUUUAGAUGUUUGUGUGCCUAUUGCUAUAGUCUAU